AUAUACCUACUUCACAAUCCUUAUUUUGCAGUUUAGAGUGCAAAACAAGAACUUUUAUAGAAUAUUGUUUAAAAUUUUUUGAUUCAUUAACAUAGCUUAAUUUUGGCUGAAAAAAACGAACAUGGCAUAAUUAAUUGGUAAUAGCAAGAGCAAAGAGGUCACUCUAGCUUUACCUUAAAGCCUAAAUGGCUUAAUGGAAAACCACAAGGACUCAAUUGAUUUGGAAACUACAUUUUUGUCUUAAUUAACAAUUACGAGAAAUUUUGAGGACUAAACUAUAUAUCUGUUCCCAAAAAUGUAACUGACUCACGAGUUGGCUCACUGAGUUGGUGAGUUUCAGAAUUUACUUCAUAGUUCACUUCAUACCCAAACCCUUAGAAAAACCUCCGAGUCCGAGAGCUCAGACUGCGUACUCCUGGUUACCAAACUUGACCAAAAAUGGAGAAAUCUUUCACUCUCAUUCAAACAAUCGCCACAGCUGGUGUCUUCUCCGGCAUCUCGUUCUGGUACGGUUUCAUGUUCGGUAAAGAGUCUGCUCGGAAAGAGCUCGGCGACUUGAUCGAAAGCCUCCGUGGCAAUAAUUCCAACUCUUCUUCAGCUCCUCCUCCGCAUUCUUGAUCUAAUCAUGGAAGCAUUAACUCAAGGCACAUGAAUUUGGCUAGAACUGGACUGUAGGAUCUUGUUAAUGCGGACAGUGGUUAGAGGUGCUUCCUUUCGACUUCUUUAGCAGUGUAUAUUUCAUGUUUCUUAGAUUAUCCUCGACCAAGGAAUGUGUUUUGCAGUAGUGGAUAACUGUGAGACCUUCGCAUGUUGUCUUUAUUUUGUCAAUUACUAUCUUCCCAUGGUAACAGAAUGUUUGGAAAUUAAUCAAUUUAGAAGAGCAAU